AUGGUAGCCCGCUUAAAUUCUAUCUAUCUAUCUAUCUAUCUAUCUAUCUAUCUAUCUAUCUAUCUAUCUCUUCCUAUUUCGAUCUAUCUAUCUAUCUAUCUAUCUAUCUAUCUAUCUAUCUAUCUAUCUAUCUAUCUAUCUCUUCCUAUUCCGAUCUAUCUAUCUAUCUAUCUAUCUAUCUAUCUAUCUAUCUAUCUAUCUAUCUAUCUAUCUAAUUCAACUUCUAUAUAUCUGUAUUCAGAUGUCUUCUCCGCUGAUCACAACGCGAGGACUGGACGUGAACUAACAACAUUUCUUUCAAGCCGGCACGUUAUCGUGUCCAGCAUCACUUCCCGUACAAGCACCCUUUCUACCUAUCGCCCUGGCCACUCCAUUACCUCACCACCAUCAGCACUUUCCCGCCGCAUCAACGUCCUUCAGUGGCAUCUACCAUUACGACUCCACCGUCUCUUCCAUUUAUACCAUAAGUGA